GGCAAGGGGAGCGAAAGCCCCGGCGAGAGCCGACACAGUCGGUCGCCGCCGCGCCCGCCGCCCGCGACCCGCGGCUCCCCCUGCCGGAGCGCAGCGCAAAGGACUAGAAGAAUAAAGAGAAGUUUAAUUUAUAAAAACUAUAAGAAAGCUUCACAACAGUUUGGAAUGGACUGAUUUGUGAUACCUUUGAUAUGUGAGAGCUACGUUUCGUGCCAUUGUUGGCCAGCUGCUGCUGGUGGACUUCAGCUGACUUCAUUGCAGCAAGCCCAGCACAUAGGUCCUCAUUGCUAAUAGAACAUAAACAAGUGUCAUGCUGAAAUGAGAUGAGGCUCCGAAAUGGAACUGUGGCCACCGUGUUAGUUUUCAUCACUACUUUCCUCAGUUUGUCCUGGUAUACUGCGUGGCAAAAUGGAAAAGAAAAGCUGAUUGCAUAUCAACGGGAAUUUCACGCUCUGAAGGAACGCCUGCGCAUAGCCGAGCAUCGCACGCUGCAGCGCUCGUCUGAGCUCAACGCUAUCUUGGAGCAGUUCAGGCGCGCAGUAGCAGAAACAAAUGGGAGUAAGAAUGCAAUGAAUAAUUUUUCAGAUGAGACACUGAAAUUGUUAAAGGAGCUAACAAGUAGAAAAUCUCUUCAAGUGCCAAAUAUCUAUUACCAUUUGCCUCAUUUGUUGAAAAAUGAAGGAAGCCUUCAACCUUCCGUGCAGAUUGGCCUUGGAAGGACAGGAGUUUCCAUUGUAAUGGGAAUACCUACAGUGAAAAGAAAAGUCAAGUCUUACCUUACAGAAACUCUCCACUCGCUUAUUGAUAAGCUGUCCCCUGAAGAAAAACUGGAUUGUGUUAUGGUUGUCUUUAUAGGAGAGACUGAUCUUGAUUAUGUUAACAGUGUUGUUGCAAGCCUGGAAAAAGAGUUUUCUACAGAGAUCAAUUCUGGCUUGGUGGAAGUAAUAGCCCCUCCUGCAACUUACUAUCCUGACUUGACAAACUUGAAAGAGACAUUUGGAGAUUCAAAAGAGAGAGUGAGAUGGAGAACAAAACAGAACUUGGAUUAUUGUUUUCUUAUGAUGUAUGCCCAGAAAAAGGGAGUUUAUUACAUUCAGCUUGAAGAUGAUAUCGUUGUCAAGCAGAAUUAUUUCAGCACAAUAAAAAAUUUUGCACUUCAGCUCGCUUCUGAAGAUUGGAUGAUUCUAGAAUUUUCUCAGCUGGGUUUUAUUGGUAAAAUGUUCCAGUCCCCAGAUAUUACUCUUAUUGUAGAGUUCAUAUUUAUGUUUUAUAAGGAGAAACCUAUUGAUUGGCUCCUGGACCAUAUCCUCUGGGUGAAAGUGUGUAACCCUGAGAAAGAUGCUAAACAUUGUGAUCGACAGAAAUCUAACCUACGGAUACGCUUCAGGCCUUCUCUUUUCCAGCAUGUUGGUCUUCACUCCUCACUAGCGGGGAAGAUCCAGAAACUCACAGAUAAAGACUUCCUGAAACCAUUACUGCAUAAAAUCCAUGUGAAUCCACCUGCAGAGGUUUCGACAUCUUUAAAAGUCUACCAAGGGCAUACAUUGGAAAAAACCUACGUAGGUGAAGAUUUUUUCUGGGCUGUCACACCAGUUGCUGGGGAUUAUAUCCUAUUUAAGUUUGACAAGCCAGUCAAUGUAGAAAGGUACUUGUUUCACAGUGGCAAUCCAGAGCACCCAGGAGAUAUACUUCUAAACACAACUGUGGAAGUUUUGCCUUUCCAGAAUGAAGAGCUGGUAUUAAGCAAAGAAACCAAAGAUAAACGCUUAGAGGAUGGUUACUUCAGGAUAGGGAAAUUUGAAAACGGUGUAGCUGAAGGAACGGUUGACCCCAGCCUAAACCCUAUUGCAUCAUUCCGGCUUUCAGUGAUACAAAAUUCAGCAGUAUGGGCAAUUCUGAAUGAGAUUCAUAUUAAAAAAAUUACAAACUGAUUAUGGAAAUCUGCUUUGAGGAAACAGAAUCCUUGAAAACUCUGACAUAUAAAAAUCUGACAUUCUUAGCAAGUCUCAAAUUGAAAAUACUGAGCAUGCACCUUAUUCCAAAUUUCUUUCAUUUUCACUUGAACUCUACCUCUCGUGAAAUCUACUGUAGAUGAGAAGAUUGUAUUUACCCCUUCUUAUCUGAUCCAUCCAGAAACUGAUGCUCCAUGCUGGUAACAUUCAUCUGAGGUCUACGUUGUCCUCCACUUUAAUGUGACUCUACCACCUUACGGUUACAGAACCUUGCUACACUUAACCUGUACUAUUUUGAUAGUAUAGUAUUAUAGAGAAGUUGUACAUAUUGUUACAUUCCUUGAAGAAAAAAAAUAUAAUUAUUGUUAAAUAUGUUUUAUGAAGGGGGUACUUUGGGAAUUCCAUUUAUUUUCUAUAACAAGAACCCUCUUUUAUAGACUGUCAGGGAUAUAUAUUAAAAAUGUUAGGGAUAUUUAAUUUAUUAAAAUAAUUUGAAAAGUACAUAUUUUUAUGCAGUAAAAUUUUAAAUUGAUAUAGUUUUUUUUAUGAAUUCUCUAGUUUAAGUUAUCUUUCUACAUUUUUCUUUGGAGAUGCAAACAUAAAUUAAUACCAUAUUUCAAGUAUACUGCCAUGUUUAAAAAAAAAAAAGAUUAAGUUUCUAAAUUACGUGAUUUUGUACACAGAAUAUGAAUGAUGUUCAGAGGCAUUAACAGGAUUAUUCUUUGGGCCUAUGAAAUUCCACUCUGUACAGUUUGUAGCCACAUAAAAAUCAUGCUGAAAUGUCUUGUUUCAUACUAUGUACUAAAUCUGUAGUGAAUUUGGAUUUAAUCCAUUGCAUUUUAGAAGAAUUUUUUUCAACUCCAACCAGUUCUUUCUAA